CCUGCGGCGCAGCCCCCGCUGCAGGUCCCUGGUGUGGUUGUAGGACUACGAUAGAGGGGUAUAAGAGAGACGCUGAGGAAAUCCAUUGGGCACACUGUUAUGAUCAAGAGUCAGGACGGCUCUUAUAAAAGUCAUAUCCUGAAUUUUGGAACUGGCAGAGAGGCUUGAAGGUGACUUACACUAAAGCUACAAUACAUUCAUUGAUUUGAAAGUGCAUUCACAUUAAGAUUCUCAGUCGAGUUCUGAAUGGAGCUGCUGAUGAAGUACAAUCAAUUCAACUGUAACCCAAGACAGUCAAUCUCUUAAAUGACAUGAACAGGGAGACCUCUGGUGUGUGUUGACUCCUUUAAUAAUGAUGCCUCUCUUUCAUCUGUAAAAACAACAGUGUGUUGACAAAUCUCCAAAAUGGACAACGUCACUUCCGACUCCAACACGGGACUUGCCCUCGCCUGUAACAUGACAGGACACCACAGUUUCAUCUUCACCUUCAUCCCAGUUGUCUACAGCUUCAACUUCAUCAUCGGACUCAUAGGCAACAGUCUGGUAGUCGCCGUCAUCUACUUCUGCUUAAAACUGAAGACAGUAGCCAACAUAUUUGUCUUCAAUCUAGCCGUUUCAGACCUUACAUUCCUCCUCACCCUUCCCAUCUGGGCCAUUUCCACUGCAACAGGCUACCAUUGGCUUUUCGGAGACCUCCUAUGUAAAACAAUAGCUGGUAUGGCUCUCCUAAAUCUAUAUACUAGUAUUUUUCUUCUCACUGCUCUCAGCGUUGACAGAUAUUUGGCUAUCGUUCAUCCUGUCCAGUCUAGACGCUGCCGUACGGUGAUCUAUGCCCGGGUAACAUGCGUUCUAGUUUGGGUGGUAUCAUUUGGCCUAAGCUUGCCCACAGCCAUCAUCCGUGGGACCCAUUUCAUCCAGGACAACAAUGUUACCGUAUGCGCCAUUCACCACAAAGAAGACAUUCGUAAUGUCCUUGCAGCUCUCAGUCUGAUGAAGAGCGUUUUUGGCUUUCUUCUGCCUAUCACCGUCAUCCUCACGUGCUACUGCCUAAUUGGUCGGGCUCUGCCUAAAGCAAGGGACAUUCAGAGAAAUGCCAGGUCAAACGGGGAUGAGGUCUUGAACAUGUUGGCUGCUGCCGCCCUGUCCUUUUUCCUUUGCUGGGCUCCCCAUCAGAUCUUCAACUUCAUGGAGAUGCUUCUCCUGCUGAAAGUCAUCACUAGCUGUGACGUUGUGGACAUCAUUGAUACUGGGAUGCCAUUCACCAUUUGCAUUGCCUUUUUCAACAGCUGCAUGAAUCCAAUAUUGUACAGUUUUGUUGGAAAGAACUUCCGGAGGAACUUGUUGAAGCUCUUAAGGUGCUCCUCGACGUCCGUGGCCUCUCAUCCAGCCCUCAGCACUAAGAUGAGCUCACUUUCAUAUCGAACUUCAGAGUUAUCGCACCUCUCUGUCAUUAAAACCCCUUCACUCCCUCGGGCCACAUGAGAGGAAGAGCGGAAAAACAGGAAGGGAGUGAAUCAUCUUUCUUAGUUCACCGUGAUUCAAUUCAGAAAGUGACUCUUGUUUAUUGGCUGGUGACUUGGUAUUGGAAUGGGAACAACAUAUAGUGAUUCAUCUGUCAUUUUUGGGUAACGACCACAUUUAGGAGGGGGCGCAAAGGAUAGUUUCAGUAUUGGGUUAUGAGUAUGGUCUUAAUACAUGUUUUUCUGUGUUUAUUUAGAAGUGAAAAGUAAUUUGAAAUAAUCAAGAAGCCACGAUUACAUCAUUCAUUUAUUAAUUUAUUCAUUUUUCUUUGGCUUAGUCCCUUAUUUAUCAGAG